UGCUCUUUUUUGCCAAAAUUUCAAAUUCGAAUUGAAACAAAGUUUGAAAACAACAAUGGCUGUAAUUCUCAGGUAAGAUCUCUGUCUGGCUGUGCAUCAGGGAUACCUGAUGUUUUAAAGUGAACUGAUCAUGACAGGUUAAAGGACCACUAUAGUGCCAGGAAAACAUACUCGUUUUCCUGGCACUAUAGUGCCCUGAGGGUGCCCCACCCUCAGGGACCCCCUCCCGCCCGGCUCUGGAAAGGGGAAAGGGGUUAAAACUUACCUUUUUCCAGCGCUGGGCGGAGAGCUCUCUGCCUCCUCUCCGCCUCCGAUCCGCCCCGCCGGCUGAAUGCGCACGCGCGGCAAGAGCUGCGCGCGCAUUCAGCCGGUCUCAUAGGAAAGCAUUUACAAUGUUUUCCUAUGGACGCUGGCGUGCUCUCACUGUGAUUUUCACAGUGAGAAGCACGCAAGCGCCUCUAGUGGCUGUCAAUGAGACAGCCACUAGAGGAUUAGGGGGAAGGCUUAACCCAUUCAUAAUUAUAGCAGUUUCUCUGAAACUGCUAUAAUUAUGAAAAAAUGGGUUAACCCUAGAAGGACCUGGCACCCAGACCACUUCAUUAAGCUGAAUUGGUCUGGGUGCCUAGAGUGGUCCUUUAACUAUAAGAACUAAAAUUAAUUUAGCUUGUUAUAUAUUAUCAGUUAUUUAUGUAGUUAUAUAUUUAAAAGUUAUUAUAUAUUAUUUAUUAAAGGGACACUCUACAAAUGCUAAAUAAAUAAAAAUCACUGUUUAGUAGAUACACUCCAAAUGCAUUUAUUAUGCAUUUUUGUCAUUGGAGUUAUAUGUAAAAUUAGCAUGCAAAAACUGCAGUCCUCUUGUCUGUUGCCUUUACAAUCCCUCCACUUCUAACCCCACCCAGACUUUGUGACUGUUCAAUCACAGACUUCCCAGUGCAGCUCAAAGAGAAGUCUUUGAAAGUCAGGUGCUCUUGGGUAUAGCUGCCUAUUGAGUUCAGUCAAAUAAGCUAACCAAACCAGGAAGUAACAGGACCUGAUGUCUGCUUGAAAAGCCAGGGGAGUGGGAGGGGUUGAUCAAAUUUACAAAAGCGUCAGUUUUUGUUGAAAUCUGCAUUUUUUACAAAAUGAAAGAAUAGUACACACUCUUCACACAUAAAGCUUUUCAGCAAGUUAAAGUGCUUUAUUGGUCUGACUGUCCCUUUAAAAAUAUUCCUAUGUACCACAGCCUCUUAUCUGGUUGGCCCUAAUUAGGAGGCACAUUAAGACAACAAGAUGUCUUCUCACAUGCAUUGUUGUUGCCAAGUUGGAGAAGGAUCCUAUUCUCCUAUUAUAUUUAUAUUUCAGUGAGCAGAUCAAGGGCAAAAAGGGCAAACUAGGACAUACAUGUCUCGGGUCUCAGUCUGCCCAAGAUUAUUGGGAGUUAAACUCUUGAUCAGCACCUCUUGCAAUUUUUAUGACAGCAGCUGAAACAGGUGCCACCCAAGGCUGUAACUCAUACUAACAUAGGCAUGCGCACAGGGUGUGCCGGGUGUGCCUGGGCACACCCUAAUCCCUGUGGCACGCCUAUGGAUUGAGACCGACAGGGGAGAUCUCAGGAUCUCCCCUGUCGGCUCAUGCAGAGCCAGCUCUAUCCGAGCGCCGGCUCUGCUCUGAGCCUCCCCUCACCGACCCACAGGCAGUGAGGGAGGCAGGAGAGGAUCCGGGGAGCUAUUGCCAACAGCUCCGCCGGGUUCCUCUCGCGAGGUUGGAGCAUUGCCGCGGCAAUGCUUCAAUCUCGCGAGAGUGAACUCUAGCCCUGCAGGCUUGAGUUCACUCUCCACUGGACCACCAGGGAUGGAUGGCAGCAAGGAUCCCCCCUCCCAGGCAUAAGGUAAGAAGGGAGGGGGGAUAUUUACUAAACAGCCCACACACAAUACACACAAUCACCCAAACAUACAGCACACACACACACAGCAUCUACACACAUACAGCACACAAACAGCACCCACACACACACACAAUACACACAUAGCACCCUCAUACAUACAUCACCCUUAAACACACACACUAACAGCACCCUCACACACACACACACACACACUAACAGCACCUUCACACUCACACAUCACCCUUACACACACACACUAACAGCACCCUCACAUCAACCUGACACUCACACAUCACCCUUACACACACUCACACAUCACCAUAACACACACAGCACCCUCACACACACACUAACAGCACCCUCCCACUAACAGCACCCUCCCACUAACAGCACACUCACACUAACAGCACCCUCACACACAGCCCCCUUACACAUACACAGCACACACUAACAGCACCCUUACACACAGCAUCCUCACACCACCCACACAGUAACAGCACCCUUACAUAUACACACACACACACUAACAUCACCCACACACAUACAGCACCCUUACACAAACAUACAGCACCCUUAUGCACACAUAAAGUGCCCUUACACACACACAGCGCCUUCACACAAAGCACCCUUACACACACAGCACCUUCACACACACAUAGCGCCUUCACACACACACAGCGCCUUCACACACACACACCACCCUCACACACACACAGCAGUAUAUGUGUGUGUAUGUGUAUGUAUGUAUGUAUGUUUAUACUAAUCUCACUAUAUCAAACAGUAACAAAUUACACCCCAGUCUAAAAAUAUAUUGAAGUAUGUACAUCAUGUUGAGAGGUGUAUUCUAGUGUUUUUUUUUAUUUACUUUAGUUGACUGAACCAAUGUAAAAAAACAAACCUAAAUGGAUCUGUGGAUAAAGACACUUCACAUACAAGACUUUGAAAGUAUUUUAUCAGAAGGAAAACAUAUAGAUUUCAUUAGUCAUCAAAUAUGCACUAGGUUUACAUGGUACCACUAUCUGGCUUACUAGUACAUAUUGUAUUGAUCGUCGAAUGAUCAAAAAAAUAUUUGAUUCUUCAGGAAUUCAGAUAUUCAUUCCUGAGGUUUGACCAAAUAUUACAAUGCCAGCAAUGGGAGAUACAGCCAACAUAUAUAGAUAAAUAUAACUAGUACAAAACUUAAAAAAAAAUAGAUAUAUCGUGGGUUAAUUGUUACACUCACAAGUCAAAAUAUUAGAGCAGGCAAGCUAGGAUAACAUCCUCCAUGUAAAGGAUUUUCAACAAUCCGGCCCUGUAUUUCAACCAUCUGGCAGCAUUCUGUCUGGCUAAAUUGGAGAAAAUUCAGGCAAGAUCUAGGCCUUGUAAAUAGUGUAAACAAUGUCCGUAUUUUGCAUUCCAAUUGUCCAUGUUCUGGAACGGGGCAUUUGGAUUUUUAGUGAAAAACCAUAUAAGUCAAUUCUGUUUUCAGUUUGGUUACUUUGGCCUUAUUUGACCUAUUUUUUUUGUUAGCUGGUAAGUGCUAUACACAAAGAGAUAUAGUUAAUUACCUAGAAAAAAAAAACACACACAGACACACAUACUCUCUCUUUUGGAUUUACUUAUAUAGCCCCCUAUGGUUAUGCUCAAACAAGUUUAGAUUCUGCUUCCCACUAAGGUGAUUUUACAUCUGUUAGUGAUGUUGCUGCCUAAUUUGCAAACAAAGUUAAAAGCAAUUAAUUUAUUUAAUUUGCAAUAAUACUGCUCAUAUAUACAUGCUGCCUAAGUAUAAUUCUAAACAUUUAACAUAUUAUUGAUACAAAAAAGUUUUUUGUUGUUUUUUUUUUUAAUUCUGUCUAUUAUUAUUUUUCUAUAUAAAACAAUUACAUUUCCAAAGUUUCUGCCAUAAGUAUAAGAUCAGUUUCAUAAUUCUUAUUAAUAUUGCAUUUUUGUUUUUGUCAAGAAGCUAAAUAUGCGAUACAUCUGAAAUUUAUAAUUUUGAUGAUACAAGUAAGCAUAUCAUAAGGCAGAACGCUAAUUAUAAACCAUCUCACGAGACAUAAGUAGACAAAUUACAAAACAAAUAUCAUGUUCUCGAUCAGGGGCAUACAGGAGUAGAGGAGAGAGGUACUAUACAUUUUCUUAUACUUCCCUUGUUGUUAUAUAUUAUUUCCUUAUAGCAUAUUGUUUUUUUUUCAUUGAUUCGUCCCAAACGCCACUAUAACUAUAUAUUUUAUUUUUAGGGGUCGGGAUAUGUUUUUCCAUAUUCAGUUGAGAACAUAUUUGGUGUUUAAUUAGGCACCAGUCAGGUUUUGAUGGACUUUUCCAAUUUCUAGCUAUGAUUAAUUUAGCAGCAGUCAACAUAUGUAGUAACAGAAUCAAUUCUUUAUUUUUCAUACUGGUUAUGUUAAUAUGUAAAAUAAUCAAUUCAGCUGUUACCGGUAUCUUAAUAUUUACUAUUAUAUUUAUCCUUCUACCGACAUCUUGCCAUAGUUCUGUAAUGAUCAGGCAUUCCCACCAUAUGUGAAAAUAGUCUGCAUCCUUUGUCCAAUAUUCUGAGGAGUGGUUAGGAAAAAUUUAAUUGAUCCUUUUCAGGACUAGAGGCCAACUAUUUAAAAUUUUGUAAUGUUAAUUUAAAUUCAAGCAGGUUUUUAUUUAAAACCAAAAUUGAUCUAUUCCAUUCCUUAUGCGGGAUUUGCAAACCCAGAUCUCUGCUCCAUUUCUCUACAGAUUUUGGGAAAUAUUUCUUUUCCAUUUUAUAUAGCAGGGAGUUAGCUUUAGAAAUAAAUUUUUUAGUGUAGUGGAUGUAGUUAUACCUUCAAUGGUUUUAAUAUAUUUUCCAGACCAUGAGAUUAGGUUAGUAUCAGGUACUAAAUCAUUUAAUAAUUCAAUUCUAAUAGAAGGGAAAAUAUUUUCUUCUAUGUCUAGUUUUCGUUUUAUGUCAAACCAAUUUUUCAAUAUAUGAAAAUUGUGCUUCAAACUGGUUUUUUUUGCCUUCUUUUGGAUCAACAGCAAAAAACAAUUGUGAGGUAGGCUGAACUUGAUGGACGCAAGUCUCUUUUCAGCUAUGUAACUAUGUAACUACUAUGUAACUAUGUAACUAUGUAAUGCAGAAGUUUCUCCCCAAAAAUGUACCCUUCUAAUGUCUUGAGUUGACAACCAAAAAAUUGAGGAAAUAUUCCUGUAGGGACCAAUUCUCCUGGCUUCAAGUUUAUACCAGCUUUCCUCUUUGGAUGACUCCUGGAAAAUACGUAUAGUGUGGGUUAAAAGAGUAGCCUGGACCAAUCUUAUCAAAGAUGGAAUUCCUAGGCCUCCAUCUUUUAUUUUCUUUGACAGUAAUUUAGUACUAAUUCUAGGUCUUUUUUUUGUCCAUAUAAAUUUAGUGAAAGAAGAUUGUAAUAGAUUGAUCCAGCUUCAAAGGAAUAUUACUAGGAAAUAGACUCAAAAUAAAGGUGAUUUGGGGUAAAAUAUAUGCUUUUAUGGUGUUUAUCUUACCCCACCAUGAUAUUUCUUUUUUUUGUCCACAUAUUUAAUUUAAAAUUUAUUUCCUUUAUUAAGGGGAGCAAAUUAAUCUCUAUCCAUUUUUGGGGAUUUGUUGAAAUUAUUAAUCCUAAAUAAGAAAAGUAUUCUUUUGCCCAAAGGAAAUCAAACUUAUACCAGCUUUCCUCUUUGGAUGACUCCUGGAAAGUACAUAUAGCGUGGGUUAAAAGAGUAGCCUGGACCAAUCUUAUCAAAGAUGGAAUUCCUAGGUCUCCAUCUUUUAUUUUCUUUGACAGUAAUUUAGCACUAAUUCUAGGUCUUUUUUUUGUCCAUAUAAAUGUAGUGAAAAAAGAUUGCAAUAGAUUGAUCCAGCUUCGAGGGAUAUUACUAGGAAUUAGACUCAAAAUAAAGGUGAUUUUGGGUAAAAUAUAUGCUUUUAUGGUGUUUAUCUUACCCCACCAUGAUAUUUCUUUUUGUUGAAAUUAUUAAUCCUAAAUAAGAAAAGUAUUAUUUUGCCCAAAGGAAAUCAAACUUAUCUAUAAUUUCCUUUUUCAUCUGGGAUGUUAAAAAAAAAAAAAGAGAGAGAGCCAUUGUUUUAGAGGUGUUUAGUUUGUAAUUCAAAAAAUGACUAUAUCUGUUUAUCACCUCCAUUAGUUUGUUAAUUUAACUUACUGGGUCUUCCAGCAAGAUGAGUAUAUCGUCAGCAGCAUAUAGCUUUAUUUUUAUUUCCACUUUAUCCUUAAAUCCUUUUAUUUUAUUGUUAUUUCUUAUCUUAAAUGCCAGUAUCUCAAUAGUUAAAACAUAAAGAAGAGGAGAAAGCGGACAGCCUUGUCUAGUGCCAUUAUUUAAUUUAAAAUAGUUAGAAGAGAUGCCGUGGCCUAUUACUUUACCCGUAGGGUUAGAGUAUAAAGCCAUUUGAAAGGAAAUCCCAACUGACCCUGUCAAAUGCUCUCUCAACAUCUAAUGACAGGGCCAGCAUCGGGGUCCUUCUGCGCCUUGCGAUCUCAAAAAUAUUUGACAAUGCUCGCAUAUGGCUUGCUGAUGAUCGUCCUGGGAUAAAUCCCACCUGGUCAAUAUGGAUUAAGUUAUUUAAUACCCUUUUUAAGUCUAUUUGCCAUAAUGCCAGCAUAUAAUUUUAAGUCUUCAUUCAAGAGAGAAAUUGGUCGGUAGCUUGUUACCUCCCAAGGAUUUUUCUCUUGCUUUAGGAUAGUUAUUAUAUAUUUCCUCUUAAUAGAUCUUCCGGAAGGGCACCCUUUUCUGCGAUCUCAUUAAGUGAUCUGCAGGUAGGGCGCCAUUACUCUUUUAAAUGACUUGUAGAAUAUGGCUGUCAAACCAUCAGGACCCGGUGCGUUAUUGGGUUUUGAGUGAUCAGUUAUAUCUAUAAUCACUAAUCUCUAAUUAAUUCACAUCUCUAAUGUGAAAGGUUCAUUAAGUUUUUUUUAAUUACAAAAAGGUUAAUAAAUCUAAGGCAUGUCACAUUCUAUAAAACAUUUAAAGUGCCCAUUUUAGAAUAAACAGAUUCAUAAAUGGGUUAGUGGGGUGUUAGAGUGCAAAAAAUGUGCAGACAAGCCACUGAAAAUGGGAACACUUCCUAUAAUUCCUCUUAAAUAUACAUAGAAAAACUGUAUAAAUCCCAAAGUUAAAAUACAGUGCAAGGCACCACAAUCACGAAUGUGAAUUAUAGUUACCACUUGGUAGAGGAGCUAAUCCUCACAUAGAAAAGAAACAUAUAAAGAGAAUCAUAGUGCAAUCCAUUUUAGAAUAAGCUUCAAUGUUUAUAAAUAGGUUUAUAAUUAUCAUUGCUAAAACAUAUUGCUUAAAGUCACGAACAUUUCUUCUGGUAACGGUUUUCUCAUACCAAAGGGCAUGUAAAAGAAGACUUUCGAACUUAUAAAUAGGAAGUGUUUAAUGUGGAGUAAAAUAGGGCACUGAAUUUAUGUCCAGUUAGGAACGUAGUCAAAGUUUAAGAUGAGUGUGUUCAGACUCACUUUUCCCCAUAUUUCUACUAUGUUUUUCAAUUCUCAAAUGUCUUCUGAUAGAGUUGCAUAAAUGCUAGACUUGUGCAAAAAUAAGUUUGGAGACAUUUGUUUAAAUCAAAUUCCUUUUAAUAAUUUCAUAAUCUCAAACGAAUUGAUCCAUCCAGAAUUUACCUUUGGAGUCUUAUUCAGUGAAUAUAGACGAACAACCCAGAAUACAUUUUUGCAUUAGUUUAAAGGGACACUAUAGUCACCAGAACAAUUACAGCUUCACAUAGUUGUUCUGGUGAGUAUAGUCAGUACCUGCAGGCAAUUUUUGGAGUGAACACGUUUUUGUUCAGAGAAAAGUCAGUAUUUACAUUACAGCCUAGGGACACCUCUAAUAACCACUCCUUAGACAGUUACUUGAGGUGCUUCCUGUGGCAGUGCUGCACACAUUCAGUGUCUCCACCCUCUACAUGGAGACAUUGAACUUUCCUCAUAGAAAUGCAUUGAUUCAGUGCAUCUCUAUAAGGAGAUACUGAUUGGCCAGCGUUGCAUUUGGCUGCGCCCCUGCCCCACCACCUUGCAAUCUCAGCCAAUCCAAGUAGGUCAGGGGAAGAGCCAGCACCAGCAGACUGGAAUAAAGGUAAAAUUUAUUAGAGGGGCUGGGGGCCAAGAGAGGUAUUUUUAACAUUAUAGGGUAAGAAAUACAUGUUUGCGUUCUUGACCCUCAAGUGUUUUUUUAAUUAAUACAAGUAUAUGUAAUCACUGAUACUUUCUAUCAAAUCUGAAUUUGAAAUUAAUGGAGUUUUAUAAAUUAACUCGUAGUGUGAUUUUUUUUUUUUUUUUCGAUUGCUUAUGCCUUAUAAAAUAUAAGGUUUUCAUAAAAUAAUCCAAACAAUGCACAAAUACAUGGAACUUUUCUUGAGAUGUAAAGCAAAUCCUGCCUGGAUCUGUGAUCAUGUGAGAUUCAAACCACAGUCUGUCGGCUUACUUACAUUUAUUUGUCUUGCAAAUUACAAAAUACAAAUCUUAGAUAUAAAUGCACCUAUUUGCAUGAUUGCAAAGUAAAAAUAUUAGAAUGAAUUAAAAUAAGCCAAACCUCAAAAUGCACAGACUGGAGCAGUGCAGUGGGUAAAGAUGGCAGGAAUUGUACAGACGAUAAAUAUUGAUUCAGAAUAAGUUACCAAUGCGGCCAAGGUGCAUUUCCAAUUACAGCAACCCAAUAAAUAAACCAUAUCAGCCAAACAUGAAAUUGGAACACUGAUAUAUAAUAAAAUACUUGCGGUUUCAAAUGUGUGAAAGUUGUCCUAAAUAGAGAAUUAUUAAUUAACAGAUGUGGGAAGAAGAAUUGGCUGAUCAAAAGCAAAUUAAAUUGUGUCAAACUGUUUACAGUCAAAUUGAUGUUUUGAAUAUUAAUGUACCGGCAAAGAUGCCAGCAGAUAUUUUAUACCCUAGUACUCCAUACAAAUGUAAAAAAAUGUUCUGUUUAAAAAAUAUAUUACGUAACAAGUCUUUAGAGAUGUCAGAUAAUAAUUAUUAUCAUUAUUUAAUUACUUUCUUUGCCAGAACUAUAAACUGUCUAAAAUGCUUUGCUAUUGUUUUAUAUAUUUAUUUUUUUCUCUACUUAUGGAACAAAUCAGGCAUGAAAAAGAGAGCUUUGCACAAAAUAUUUUAAUAUCAGUGGAUUGCUAUAAUAGACUCUGUAUCUCUGCAAAUGUAUGUUAUAAAAAGGUUUUAAAACCAAGAUCACAUGAGUCACUAUGAAGUUUCCUGGGAAUUAAAUCAUAUGCUUAGCAGCAGCAAGCAUAGGGUCCAGCAGGGGCUAAAGGGAUAAGUAGUUUAUCUCCCACCCACAGUUGAGGUUAUCAAGUUGGGUCUUUAGAAUUUUAUUAUAAACUAAAAAUAGCCAUACUGAUAUCAGGUUAUAUAAAAACCAGUCCAUGGUUUUGUGGACUAUGCUCUGCAUUGGUACAGCUUUGGGCCAUGCAUUGCAGUCUGCGGCUUAACUCUGUAGGGAGGAGAGAGUGCCUUCCUUGCUGUGUGUGUGGUUUGCAUAAACCGCAUACAUAGAUAUAAUUAGAGAAAAUGUAAAUAUUUAUAGAUUUGAUUAGAGAUGGAAAGUAUCACCAAUUGUAUAUUGCAAUAUUUUACAAUACACGAUAAUAUAUUAAGACUUGAUAAGUAGAACUGGAACAGUGGAAAAAUGCGCAAGCAGGUCCGGUGCAAGGAUUUUUGCCACCCUUGGCAAAAGUAAAGUUUGCCGCACCCCCCCCCCCAUGUGACAUCACAAUGCUCCACCCAUAUGAUCUGCCAUGUUAACUAACGCCAGUGUUGCAGUGCCGCCGUGUUUACAUUAUAAGGCAUGCAGGGACAGGCUAUAGACACCAGAACAACUACAUUAAGCUGCAGUGGUUCUGGGGACUAUAGUGUUUCUUUAAUGUGAGGUAAAUUAGAGAUUAGUUCCACGAAUAAUAUACUAGAUUGCCUACUUACAACGAGAUGAGGAUGAUGAUGGGCUCUAGCUGGAGGCUGUUUGUAACUGUGGUCACAAAAAUCAAUGUUCUGGGAGAACGGGAAGCAGCUCCAUUUUUUGGGGGCCCUUUACACAGCUCAAGGCCUGGGUCCCAGGGUCCACCUUCAUGUUCCACCAAUGAGUUUGUUCACAUGGGGUGGAGUGUGUAAGGGAUGUCCUGAUAUGUGUGUAAGGAAUGCAUUGUGUGAAUCUGUGUUUCUAUGUGUAAGGGCUGCAAGGUGUGUUUCUGUGUAUGUACAGGAUGCAGUGUGUGCGUGUGUAAGGGGUGCAUUGAGUGUGUGUAAGGGGUGCAUUGAGUGUGUGUAAGGAAUGCAUUGUGUGUUUCCCCGUCAAUUUCUUCUCCCCCUGUCAAUUUCUUCUUCUCCCCCAUCCCCUACCAAUUUCUUCUUCUCCCCCCUCCCCUACCAAUUUCUUCUUCUCCCCCCUCCCCUACCAAUUUCUUCUCUCCCCUCCCUCAAUCUCCCUCCCCAUUUCUUCUCCCUCCCCUACUUUCUUCUUCUCUCUACCCUCCCCAUUUCUUCUCCCCCUCCCUACCAAUUUCUUUCUUCUUCUCACCCUCCCCAUUUUUCUCCCUCCCCCUCCCUCCCCUUCUUCUCCCUCCUCCCCAUUUCUUUUCUCCCCUCCCUACCAUUUUUCUCCCACCUCCCCAUUUCUCCCCUCCCCUGCCAAUUUCUCUUUCUUCUGCCAAUGUCUUCUUCCCUCCCUCCCAAUUUCUCUCCCACCCUCCCAAUUUCUUCUCCCACCCUCCCAAUUUCUUUCUCCUCCCCCCCACCUUUGUUGUAGCGUGGCCGAGCCCUGUAUGAUGAUGGUCCGCAGGUACAGGUAGCUUUUGUUUCCUCAGUGUGCACUUCCUGUUAGUCCGGCCGGGUACAGGAGACAGAUGCUCCCUGUACCCGCGGACCAUACAGGGCUCGGCCACGCUACAGUGAGGGAGUGACAGGAGGGAGCGCUGAGUGCUCCCUCCUGUCAGCCCCUCUCCUCAGGCUGCGCCUGGGCGGUGCGGUCUGCCCUCAUGGACGCACCGCCCGGGCAAAGCUGCAGCCGCCUGAGGCUCUCUACAGAGCGCUCGGGCAGCUGCAGCAUAGGGGGCCGGCGCUCCUGGCGACGCCCCUUCCCAAGGGGCACCCUAGGCUGCUGCCUAGUCCGCCUAACAGGUAGCGCCGGCCCUGUGUGCAAGGCAGCCACACAGCCAUUUGUUCACCAAGUAUUACUGAGGAAGGAGUGAGCAUUGUAAUGGAAAUUAAAGGUUUGAAAAUUGUAUUACUAUUUUUUCUGAUGAGUAAUUUCUUAUUACUCAUAUAAUCUUUAAUUACUCUUUUUCUUAUUCUGGAACAAAAUGGAGCAUUUUAAUGUGCCCAUCAAAAACAUGUCAAUUCAAGUUCAGAGUCAUAAUUAAAGGGACACUCUCAGGGACAAAACUAGUAGCGUAAUAAAGUGGUGCAUAGAUCAUACUCCUGCAGUUUAACUGCUUAAUUCUCUGCUGUGUAAGACUUAAAUCACUUUGUUUAUGCAGUCCUAGCCACAUCUUCCCUUGUGUGAGUCAUACAGCUUCAACAAUAAAAAAAGGACCCAACUUUAAAGCAGAACUUAGUAUACUGUAUUUACUUUAGACAUUCUAAAGUAAACACACUAUGCAAUAAGGGAAACUAAAAAACAAACAAACAAAAGUCUUUUCAGGAAGAGUGCAGGGAGGCUGUGUGAGUAACACCCAAGGGAGGUGUGGCUCAGGCUACAUAAACAGCCCUAAAUGGCAGAGAAUAGAGCUGUGAGAUUGCAGAAGCAUGAUCUAUACAACAAAAGCAUUUAAUUAAUGUUAUGUUUUGGUGCUUAGUGUUGGAUGGCUUUACAGGGAUGUUUAUAAAAAUGUUCAGGGCUGUAAUGUAUAAAUAUAGGCAACAACCUGCAGCAUUCCAACUUUCCUUCUUAUAUCAACAAUAUGAACACCUUAAAGUGACAAUGUCAUGCCGAACUUACUUUUCUCCUAUUAAUUCCUCCUGUCUACCUCUAACAGGAUCUGUUCUUAAUUUUUUCCUACCUGAUCUAGUUUUCUUUAAAACUCGACUACUUUGUCAUCUGUAUUUUUUCUAAGCUUGACCAUUUUUGACCCAAGGAGGAGCUUACGCCCGCUCUAUUUCCUGUGGUCAAAAAUUUUCCCACAAUACUCACCCUUUCCACCGUGAUCUUAUUAAUUACCAGAUGUGGGAAGAAGAAUUGGCUGAUCAAAAGUAAAUUAAAUGUGUGAAACUGUUUACUGUUAAAUUGAUGUUUUGAAUAUUAAUCUACUGGCAAACAUGCCAACAGUUAUUUCAGACCCUGUUACGCAUCCAAAUGUAAAAAUUUGUUCUGUUUAACCCCAUAAUGCUGUUACGGCGUUCUAUGCCGUCCCGCAUUAAAUGGGCUUUAAAGCCGUUGCGGUGGCAUAGAACGCCGUAACGGCUUUGAGCCCUGGAGCCGCUGGGAUACUUACCUUCCCGGCCAGCAGGGGGACUGUAGUGUCAGAAGUGUCAGACAGUCCCCCUGCUGGUGGAAGGUGUAAAAAAAAAUUAAUUAAACAUGUUAAAAUAAAAUAAAAGUGUGUGUGUAUAUAUAUAUAUAAUAUAUAUAUAUAUAUAUAUAUACACAUCUUAUAUAAAUGUAACGUGAUACGUAAUGUAUUUUAAUGUUAAUAUAAGUACAUAUAUUAAUCUUAAAAUACACUUAGAUUGAAGUUACAUAAGAUAUAUAUGUAUAUAUUUUAUGUAUAAUUACAAUAGUAAAUAAUAAAAUAAAUAAAAUAUUUUUAAAAAAAUUUAAAUAAAUUAUCUAUACAUAAGUAAUCUCAUUCUAACUGUAUUUUGUUAUUAAUACAUAUAUAUUGGUAACAAAAUACACUUAGAAUGACAUUCUAUAUAUAUCUGUCUAUAUAUAAAAUACAAAUCACUGCAAAUAUUUAUAUAUAGAUAAAUAUAUAUAUAAUUACAUAAUUAACUACAUAAGUAUACAUGUAGAAUUUAAAUACAUAUAUAUGUAUAUAUAAAAAUUCUACGUGUAUGCUUAAGUAAUAUUUUAACAUAAUUAUGUGAUUUAAUUAAUCAAAAUUUGAUUGACGUGCCUGACAACCCAGGCAGCAAGUGCAGAGAAUUAAAUUCGCAUGUGCUAUAUUUAACCCUGUAACUUUCCAAGACACCAUAAAACUUGUACAUGGGGGGUAUUGUUUUACUGGGGAGACUUUGCUGAACACAAAUAUUAGUGUUUCAAAAUGAUAAAUUGUAUUACAACAAUGAUAUAUUUAGCAAAAGGUUUUUUGCAUUUUUCACACACGAACUGCACUUUUACUGAUGAUAUUAUUGUUUUAAUAUGUUUUACUGUUUUGAAACACUUAUGUUUGUGUUCAGUGAAGUCUCCCAAGUAUAACAGUACCCCCUAUGUACAGGUUUUAUGGUGUUUUGGAAAGUUAGAGAGUCAAAUAUAAGGCUUGCAUUUUAUUUUUGUUUGUGACUAAGUGGCUACUAUAAAAGACUGGACAUACCCCACUUGCAAUACCUUGGGUUGUCUUCUUUUGCAAAUUGUAUGCCAUCAUGGGGGUAAAUCUCAUUCCUGGGCUACCACACGGUCUCAAAGUCAACAUAACCAACCUGGCGAAUUUCAAUUUGAAAAAACUGAAAAAUGGAAUGUGCUAUAUUUGACCCUUUAACUUUCCAAAACACCGUACAAACUGUUAAUGAGACUUUGCUGAAUCCAAAUAUGUGGUUUUUUUUGCAGUUAAAGCUAAUGGUAUUAUGACAUUUACAGCUAAAAUGUCUGCAAUUUUUUUCUUUAAAUCUUAAUUUCUCACAUUUUUUUUAAUUUUAUUCAUAAUAAAUUAUGUUCCAUAUAUGAAUAGUUAAUGGUAAAUUAAAGCCCUGUUUCUCCGGAACAAAAUGAUAUAUAAUAAGUGUGGGUGCACUUAAAAUGAAUGAGGUGAAUUACGGUUGAACAGACAUAUAGCGCAAAUUCCAGUUUUUGUUUGUUUUGUUUUGAUCAGAACGUGCACUAUUGACUCCGUCCUGAAGGGGUUAAAAAAUAUUCUACAUAACAUAUCAUAUAGACAGAAAGCCGGCAAAACGACCGAAUUUCGUCCUAACAGAAUGAGUAUUGUUUGUCCAUUCGUGCGUUUUGUUGGGGUCCAAAUUCCAUUCUAUUUUUAGGGUGAGAGGGGUAGGUAGGAUUUUAUUUUAUUUAAGUGGGGAUAACUAAUGGUUUCAGGGGGGUAAUUUUUACAUUUAGCCCCCACCCAUCACCCAUGGGUGGGGGGGCAAUAGGUCCUCCCCCCAAUUGUCACUUGGGGCCACCACCCGCUGCUCAUGAGUGGGAGUCAGGGGACAAUAGGUCCUCCCCGAUUGUCAUUUAGGUCCUCCACCUGUUGCUCAUGAGUUAGGGCCCAGGGAGGAGGCCCCCAUUGUCAAUUAGCGCUUCCGUCCGACGCUCAUGGGUGGGGGCAAAGGGACAAUAAAUCCUCCCUAUUGAUAUUUAGGGCCCCUAUUUGCCGCUCAUGGCCGGGGGCCAGGGGGACAAUAGGUCCUUCCCCCACUGUCCUAUAAGGCCCCUACACGCCGCUCAUGGAUGGGGGCAAUGAGACAAUAGGUCCCCCCUUUGUUACUUAGUUAUUUUGUAUAGGUGCCCAACCAUGGGGCACUUUAUUGGAGGGGGAGGUUCCACAGGUUGCUCACUGUUUAGUAUGCAUGCCUCUACUCCUGGCACAGCUAGUAGGGGCAUUCAGGAGGUUUUAAUCUCCCUUAUGCUAACAUUGGGGUCAUACUGACCCCCCAUAGAGUGAGGGGGGACAUGGGGGGGGGGUUAGGAAGUGGUGGGGAGCACAGCUCUCUGCCCCUUCUAUUUUUGUAUAUUACAAGGAGGAACUGUGAGCCGAUAGCUCCCUCCUUAAAAUAGACUGAACGAACAUACAAAUGAACACCGACAUUCGGUCAAGGUUUGUUCUUGUGAAAUUUCGAUUAAUUAAUUUGUCUUUCUAACAUAUGAAUGAAUAGCUGAAAUUCCCAUCUGAAUUUCGGACAAUAGCAAAUGCCCAAUUGUUUAACUGGGCAUGCGCAGAAAUUUCACAGCGCUAUCUAGUGUGGGCAGAUGAUGUGUCCCACAGGGCCUCCAUCUGCCCACAAAAAGAUGGUGGCACCCAGGAGGUAAAAUGCCAAGUGGCAUUUGUGGGUAACUAGGGGGAUAUUUAGAUGUAGUGGAGUUGGUAGGGGGUUAAAAAAAAACAAAAAAACGGAUGCAGCCAUGACAGUGCCGCUUUAAUUGCAGGCAAGAAAAGAAGUACACAUAGCAGCACUUUUAUUUACAUAUGUAUAUGUAAUGGUGUUUGCCAUGUCACUUGUACCAGCAGUAGUUGCACCUCAUGACCAUCAGACUACAGAAAUAGAAAGAAAAUUGGAAAGUUAAAUUGCACUCUAAGCACAUAAAUACUACAGCCUACAGUAGUGGUAAUGGUGUUUGGAGUAUUCCUUGGGUCUUGGGUUGGCUUCUCAUUUUGGCUGAGCAAGUUAGGCUGAAGUUGGAGAAGUUCAAUGUGGUAUGAGCAGAGGUUGAAUAGGAUUAUGGAUUAAGGAGCUAAUAAAUGAUUUCCCAGAGGGAGAGAAUAAAUUAUAAGUUUAAAUGGAAUUUAACACAUUUCCAAAAUAAGUCAAAGCUGAGAGAUUACAGUGUGCCAGGUAAAUGCUACCAUACUUAAAAUUAAACUUUUGCUACCAAUGUUGCCUGAUUGUGAAGAUGUGUACUAAAUGUCUUUUUAGAAUUGGUUCCUUUUAACCCACUUCUCUUUUUCAUAUUACAAAAAACUGCAAAAAAAAUUUUCAUUGUAUUUAUUUAUUUUUUGCCAGUCUUUACUUUUGGUAUGCAUGAGAAUACACAUAAGCGUGCAGAGUCACGAAAACUGCUGCAUGCAAGGCAAAAUAUGACUGUAUCAUUGGCAUGACAGAGAUAACUUUGCAGUUUUAAAAUAAAAAAUUUAAAUAAAGGGUUUAACAUGAAUAACCUAUCAGACGGGUGACAUGACCUAAAAUAAUUCUGAGUAAAUAUACUGGCAAUGUGCCACUAUUAGUGAUAGAAAAUAAACUGUGCAAGGCAAGUUGAUUGAGAUGUAGCUUGUAGAACUGAGGUCAUGUAUACUAUUUGAGUGACAGGCUUAUUAUGUAGACAUCAUGGUGCUAUAAAGCAUAAAUUAAGACAUGCAGAUACAAUAAAAUGCCAGAAGGGUUGUGAUAGUGCUAGCCAUAAGUGUUCAUCAGUCCUCGACUCAGGAACGGGUGGAGGUAAUAGAGAGGCACUGCAGGAUAGGGGCAAAACAUGACAACCUUUCAACCCAGGGCUGUAACAAGGGCCUGCAUCUCGGGAACACGGACUCAGGUGUUCAUGGCAAAGUCCAUACCUGUCAGGGUACAGCAAAAGGUACAGAUGUUCUUCCGCCUGCAGCAUUAGGUCUUCUGACUCUGUGGUCGAUGCUGCGGGCGUAUGGUCCAACUGGCUCUGUGGCCCAGGCGGGCUAUGGAUGAAAGGCUUGGUUGCUUGUAGGGAAGUUGUGUCCAUAAGGUGACCUCUCGCUGUUCUCCUCUCUUUUCUCCUCCACUGCUCUGAGCUAGUGUCACCAUAAUUCAAGACUCCAACUGCACCCAGAAGCGGUCACAUAUGUCAUCAGGGCAUUUCAAUGCACGCCAUGUUGGGUCUUCUCGGACAGUGUCUGCUUCUACAUAAACACUUGCGUCUGUCAGGCCUCGCUCUUUCUGAAUAUGUCCCUGGGACAGGUCUGCAAACUCUGCUACUGUAAUCCCUGAACAAACUAGACAUGACACACAGUAGAACUAGCACCCAAUAUAUAAUUUUACUCAGGACUAGGCCCUAUCCACAUUACAUUAAACUUAUGGUGACACAUUUAUACAUAUACAUUGCAACAUCAUAUGGGGAAUAAUAUAUACACUCUUAACAAUACCAUACAAUAUUUUUAAGGGUGGGGAACACAAAGAGUAAUGAGAAACACAUCACCUGCCUGCAUAAACCAUAAUAUGUAAAUCUACCUGAAUAUGCAAAUUAACUAGCUUGUCUCUUAAGGUUGUACACAUAAUUGUUGCAAACAACAUGGGGCACUGCACUGGCCCCACAGCUAAACAGGGGAUAACACAAGACAUUCCACAAACAACAUAUAAUACACACUCUGCACCUAUAAUGGGCACUGGGUGACUUAAAUAUAAGAGUCAUACAGGGACCUACAUGAAGUGUCAGUCUUCUGCGCCCAGUGAUGUUGACUACUGUCACAAUUGCCAAUGCCUUCCAGUUCCACCUACCCUGUCUGCCUGGUUGGUUUCCCCAACUUGAUGACUUCCUUGUUGGUUACUCAAUGUCCCAGCAAAUGGGCAUGUUGUGGGCCACUUGCCUUUUCCUGCUGUUAGUCUCUUACCAAUAUUUUUUUAUUUUAUUGGUAUCUCUUCCAGAUGUGUCAGUUUAUUUUACUAUUUUUUGUUGUUUUAGAGUUAUUCACUUAGAAUGUGAGUACCAGUGCAUUCAAGCUCAGUAAAUAACUUUAACAUAUGAGGACUUGGAUACUGCUAUAGAUCAGAUUGCACUGGCCUUAACACCAUACACUUUCAUGACAAAUGUUUUUCUUUCAUAUCAUUCCCUAUGCACUCCAUUGUAUAUUAUGCAAACUAUGAUUGCUCUGUAGUUUUUUGCUUCUGCAUUGCUAGCACCUGGGUUUCAAGUAAUACUAUCAUAAUUUGGCAUACAUUUACCUUCUCACGCAAAGUGCCUGCUUUAUAAGUUAUCACUGCAUAUUAAUUUUUCAGUCAAAUUACACUCUUAUCAUUCAAAGUUAGAUUGUUUGCAGUAUUACUGGUACAUAUUGGUACCCUUUACAUCAGGGUAGAUAAUAUGUCUAGUGUCUGAAAGUAUUUUUCUUGAAAUAUAAAGGUCAUCUGACUCACAGGAUCUAGAUUUACUUCAAAGAGCAUACAAUUUCAUAUAUACAUUGUGUAAGCCAACAUUCUAAUGUUUAGAUGAAAAGUCAUUAUCUAUUUGAUGUUGUUUGAUGCUCCUGGGCUUUACUGUAGUGAAGUUUGUAUGUUGGUUGCCCAGCUGAAAAUACCUUAUCUAAAAGUCCCAUCUGUCCUGAUUUUGGUGGUACAGCCAUAUAUAGGGAUUCUGUCCCCCUCUCCCGAGUUGGCUCCCUUGGUUACCAAGAUGCUGUCCUCAACCGGCAAAGUGAAAGCAUAUCAUUAGACGCUGUAUUGAAGGCACUAGGACCGUGUAGAAAGCAUUUCAGCGACGUUCUGUGUAUAAACAACGCUGAUUGUGUGCAUGCCAGUCUGACAUGCUCUUUCAAGCUGACACACUCAUUAAGGACUCACCCUCCCCAUCCCAUUUACAUACUUCCCAAAGUUGGGAGGAAUUCCAUGAGCAGUAGUGCUAGCUGCUACACUGGUCUCAGUGAUGUAGCCACAUCACACAGCUUAAAGCAUCCAUAUAAUUUUGGAUGACCACUGUGUAUUCUGGUGGUGGGUUGGCUGCGUUGUCCAACAUGCUAUCCAUGGAAAAAUUCUGUGGACAGUGAACUUCCUAUAACUGAUUAGCAUAAUUAAACACAUAUACAAUCGUUAAUUUUCACAGUCAAUUACAUUAUGAGUCUAAACAAUGUUUAAAAACUGCCACUUUUCAGUAAAUAUAAAUAUAUGGACACAAAAAAAAACUGUUUCGAAUUUGAAUUUGCUGAUAAGAGGUAAUGCAUACAAUGUAUAAAUUACUAAACUUUCAUUUGAUGCGUUGCUUCUCUGCAGACUUCCUUUAUAGUCUCCUAAUACAAAUAUAAUAUAAAACAAAUGGGGAUACAGCACUCUACCUAAGAAUAUAAAUAAGACAGUAGUAUAGAUCAGCCAGUACAAUGGAGACCCUAAAAUUAUAUUGCUCACAAAAUAACAGAAGGUAAGCAGUGUCUCAAGUCCUCUUGCAGCUGCAACAUAGUGCAAUAAUAGGUUUUAUUCCAUUGCUGCCACAUAUGGAUAAGCUUUAAUCUUCAGCAUAUAAGUACAAAUAAUGCACCUCUUACUGCAUAUAUGUCAUACAAUAAAAUAUAAUUUAUUACUGAAAAGCAACCACAAUCAGGUUUUAAUAAUUCUUUGACAUUAAAGUGCUGUUUUUUUUCUCUUAAUACAUGUUUUGUCCUGUAAAAAUGAUUUCUUCAAGGGCUAUCACAAUGGAAGUUCAACCAUAGAAAACAUACAAAUUAAUUUACAAAACAAAGUACAAAUUGCUCUGCCUGACUGUCAGUAGAUGGCCCAUGCAUAAGAUUUGCAUUUAUGGUUAUGUUUGCUUCUGUCCAUUGCCUAUCCACCAUGGUUCCUUUUACUUAUCUGCUCUGUGCACUCAAUCAUUGUCUCUAUUAGGACACAUUGACAAUUUUUUUUCCAUUCUAUACACCACCUGUGGUGUGCCUCCUGGGGCAGUGCUGCACAGUGUGCAUGGAGAUGCUGAAUUUCUCUCAUAGAGAUGCAUUGAUUCAAUGCAGCUCUUUGAAGAAUCAUAAAUUCUAAUGAUGUAAGCAAAGAGGUGGUUCAGAGAGGGGACAGCAUGGCAUUGGAAAUAAGGUAAGUUUAUUGCCUUUUAAGGGGAAAAGGGCGGGCAAGCCACCUAUAUGGUGGUUUUAACACUUUAGGGUAAAGAAUACAUGUUUGUGUUCCUGACCCUAUAGUGUUCCUUUAAUGUGUGCCUGCCCUUAUUGCCACUUUAUUAAGAGACAUAUUACUAGACAUGCAGUGCUGGGAUUGGGGGGACAUAUUUUCAUCAGACACGGAGCGCUUGCAUUUGAGAACACAUUAUCAGAAAGAGAGUGUUGUCUUGUGAUUGAGAGGACUUUGUUGUAGUCCAUAUGCUCAAACGUAUAUUAAAGGCACACUCCAAUAGAAACUGUUUAAUUGUAUUGAAAACAUACAUGCAUUUUUUUAAAUGGGGUAUGUCUAAGAGGUUGCAGAUUUCUUGUCUACUGCCUUAGCAAACCCUCCACUUCUAACCAAGCCCAGACUUCAUGUGGCUGUCCAGCCCCAGACUUCCCAAUGCAUCUCAAUGAAAAGCCAUUGUAAGGCAGGUGCUCUGGGCAAUUGAUGCUUCUUUAGUUGAGUAAACAACCAUGAAGUAACAUGACAUAUGCAUAGUCACCAUAUGCGUGAUAAACCCCAACUCGAAUACUCGGACACCUUUAUUUGGGAAAAUUAUCACAGCUUUAUUAAUAAAUAAAGUUCAAAUAUUUUAGGGUCAUUGUCACAUAUUAACAUAACAUAUCCCCCCCAAACUCCUUUAAUAAUACUACGCCAGACAAUGACCCACAACACAAUAAGUAAAACCACAUUUUAACAUAUAAUAACACAUAACAUAACCAUUGCCACAGAGGGCAUGACAUAACCAUUGCCACCGAGGGCAUGGUUUUCAGCUUUCUUCCAUGCAGGGGCAUACUGAGAUACACCCUACAUGCCAGGUUUGGAGCUACCGACGAGCUUGAACCUACCAAUCCUCUUCCACACCAAACAGUCCAUGUAAGGGCAUACCGAGAUAAACCCUACACACACCAGGUUCACAGCUAUCGACGAGCUCGAACCUACCAAUACUCUUCCAAACCAAACUGUUCUUAGCAAACCAAAACUAUUUUCCAUUAGGAAAAACAACUUACACCCAAACUUCUCUAUCCACCCCCCGCCAUAGUUCAGAGCUCAACACCUUGAGCUACCUGAGCACCCCCCACCAAAACAACGCUCAUUGUAAACCUUCCUGAACCCUAACAACAAGACGUCCAUACCAACCUCUGACAGAUGCACUCCAUCUUGCCUGUAAUAACCCACCAACUGCGCUUCCAACUCCCCAUGCCCUACCACUCUUUCCCUCAAGCUCCUCACAUAAGUUUUAUUUUACCGUCCCCCUACUUGUUGACACCAACUGAUGGUCCCUAGCGUGUUGCCAUUGAGAUCACAGUACGAUCUCUGACUAUAAGACAACCCCGUCAGGGACCAUCUGCCUCGACCCAUCCAAAUCUUUCUUCAGCUCUGUGAGCAAAGCCCUCUGCGAAAAUAGGCCUCAGUCCUUCCCCACCAGCAUGAAGCAAAACAAUGUUAGGUAAUUUACCCACUCUGAGCCUUUGGAAUAGCUCUAAGUAUACACUGUGCCAACUGCAACCCUUAAAACCAAAUUACUCCAUCUGCACCAUUGAGCACAGCCAUAUGCCUUGACGAUAAACUGCAGCUCUCCUUUGCGCCGAGUACACAUAUGAGUAUCCCAUCACCCAUGCAAUCCAACCUGCGGAAGAAAAACACAUUGUCCACACAGAACAAUGAUCACCAUUUCAACCAGACUUAAACUGAUUGGUUGGGCCUCACCUAUGACCUGAAUGUCACCGAUUCCCACCUCCCGAUCUACUUGACCGGUAAACCCCCAAACAGAGCUGCCUCAAUUGAAGCUCCAAUACCAAAAGAAUGUGUGCCGAACUGUAAUGGACCCAGGCCCACAUGCCCCAAGACCAAUCAACAAACCUUAAGAAACUGAACUGUGUAACGAAGGACCAUUGGCUUGUAAUAAAAAGAACCGCCUCUCCCAGCACGAAAUGCCACUGGACAUGCUCAUACCUUGCACCGAAAACAGCACAAGUGCUGCUCUACCCUAAUGCGUUGGUUUGGGAAUGGUGGAGAUAUCGCACCACCCGAUUCUGCCACAGUUCCACGUCCGGACACUGUAACCCACCUCUGCCCGUGCGGUUGCUGGUCACCAACACCUUUAUCUUCAACGCCCCAAAAAAGUGCCCAAUGAAACACCACUGAAAACAGCACAACCUAGCAUUCCAAAAAAAAACCUCCGGCAGCAUGCCAAGUAAGACUCGCAGAAUCUCGAAGGAUACUGGCCUGCACGAAUCCCACGAUAACCUGCCUGUCCAAAACCCUUUAAUGGCCAGACGCACUAGGAAGUGCUUGGUUAAUUCUUCCCACCCAUUAAGCAUAAAUAAAACGCCACCGCUGACCUGUUAUGCCCUACCACUGGCGGAGACACCCCUGCUGCAAAUAACCCAGAAAGAAACAAUAACAAAGUGUUGAACCAAGCUGUGCCAGGUCUUGUCCACUCGCACACACCAUUGUGGCAACCUAUUUGUGCCAAACCUUGAUGUAGGCCACCCAUGUGGACGGCACCAAUGACCCCCUUUAUGAGACCGCCAAGCAAGAGGUUCCAUUAACCGCCUCAACCAACGACCCGUUGUCGGUGCAAAGAUUAACAUCCUGACCCUCAUUUGUUGUCCCCUCAAUGCCAACGCCACCAUUAAAGGAAAGAGUUCCACAAACACCAGGUUGCAAAUGAGCGGGUUGGCCUUCUACUCAUGCAGCCGGGGUGCUGCCCCCCCAGUGCCACGCAAAUAAACCCCAAACGCAAUGCUGCCGAAUCCGCCCAUAAGCAAUUCCAGAGCAGAUGAAGAAGCCGCCCAUAAAGUCCCUUAGUGGCCUCAGACCUGCCACACAUCCAGAUCAAAUGACAUGAUGCGGUGACGCUACCCCGCUGGUUGCCCUGGAGAGGGACCUAUUGGGAAAUUGAGCCGAUGCACCAAUGACUAACACACCCGCAAAGUAACCUUCUUCGCUUCCCGGACCUCCGCCCGCAGUGCCUGUAAAUAGUUCUCUGUCCACCGACAGUGCCUCCGGCCCAAAUCUUUCUCCAAGCUUAGGAAGGACAAGCAAGUUGUUGGCCCCACUGUCCUGUCGCCUGCAUGACCCCCCACCGGUGACAGCUGCAAUACGCCCAUCGGGGGCCCUUUGAAUGGCCUCGCCCUCCUCCCUGACUGUACCUCUUUGAACCAUUUCUCCCGCACCACCUCCACCCACAGAUUUCAGAUUUUGUAGAUUGCAAACCCUGUCGCCUUGCCAAAACAGACAACCCCGUCGUAAACCCGUCCCUCAACAGCACAGCGUCCUCCUGGUUACCAUAGCAGCUUAGCCACGGUAACAGCGCAACGACCUUCACCGGCGAUCACCCCAGUGGCAAGGGCACACCCAGAGCACCUGGCAUCCCCUCCAUGGAGGAGGACUUACCCGUCUUGGAGCAGUGGUUGUACCCAUGCGCGUCUCCACCCCGGAACACUCGCAUUUCCCAGAUUGACCAAAAGCCUAUGUCGAAAUAGUCCAUCGUACCACCACCACGCCAAGCCCCUGUUAUGCGUAGUUCGCCUCCCAGAUCCCCAUCCAAGUAACAGAGCAACUGUGAGCACCGGAUUACUCCCCCACAAUGUUCCCCAGAGUACCACAAGCACACAAACCAAUUCCAGAAAGUUUUGGGUCUUUGCCGAUAGUGGCGCCUUUUCCCUACUUCUUACUUUCUGGCAUUUUUUGCAUCCACCUCCGUCAAUUCUAUGUAUUCGUCCACAGGAGGAAGUGAAAAGAUCUCCAGAAAUUCCCCUUUCCAUAUCCUCACCCUCACCUCCGGUUCAAGCAGACCCCCAACGGCCCUGCAAAGUAGACGUAGACAGUCUGCCUAGCUGUGUCCAGGAUGUCCCUAGUUCUGCCCUCUCUCCUGCCUAGUAGCCCAAACCUGCCCAAAGGUAACACCUCCCCCGAACCUCGCUCCAUGAGUCCAGAAAAAACUGUAGACCCUCUAAAAGGUCCCUGGAAGGUUUAGCAGAAUACAACUCACUGUCCGAACCUCUUGCUGCCGAAGGCCAUGUCCCUCAUGAUGUCGUCCAAGCCCAGGCACGACGGCCCCUCCAGCCGUAGGUCCGCUUCCCGAGGCCUCACUUGGACCGUGGGUGACUGUCUUGUUGACUGGCCCUUGGGGACCCGUCAUUUCCUGCAACUGCGCCGUCCCGUUCACAGCCCGAACGUUUGUCAAUUUCCACUCAUUUGGUAGAUUCGCUGGUUACCCGUUCGUGGCCCGAUCGACUGGCCGUGAGUGACUGCACGGAUUCGCGGCCCGAACAUCCUAGCACAGCCGUAUUCGUGGGAACCCAUCCAGGAGGACAGGGUUUAGUCCUCCUCUAGUAGACAGCCACUAGAGGAGGACAACCCUGCAAUGUAAAUAUUGCAGUUUAUGAAAACUGCAAUAAUUACACUUGCAGGGUUAAGGGUAGUGGGAGUUGGCACCCAGACCACUCCAACAGGCAGAAGUGGUCUGGGUGCCUGGAGAAUCCCUUUAAGAUGGCCACUGAUGUAUAAUGGCCACUAUAUAUACUCCUCUAACACAAACCCCUCCUCCAGUUAUGCUCCUAUGCCUGUCUCCUAGCAAUAUCAAGGCCCAUUCCCCUUAGUUGUGUUGCUCCAUGGGCUACAGGACCGGUUGUCUGAUUCAACAAGCUAAAGUGCAUUAGGUGUGUGUGGACUAUACCUUUAAUAAAACCCCUUUCAUAGUAGAAUUUCUUAAGUAGUUCUUCCACAGUGUGGGAAGCAGAAAUUGUUUCUUAAUUGUUUACUGUUUAUGUACUCUAUGCAAACCAUAAACUGGGUAUGGAAAAGAGGCAGGUAUUGGGCAAAUAAAUCCUACAAUAUAGAGAAAAGGAGGUAAUGAUUACAAAAGCAUUGUUUAUCAUUUUUUAAAUACCCCCAUGUAAAACAAAAAUUGAUUUACACUUUGUCUUGUAGAAAAUUAGAAUGAAAACAGAUAGUGAUAUCUAUAUACUCUCCUGUAUAAAAUAAAAUGCACUUUAACUCUUUUUGGGUGAACAUAAAACCUUAAACAAAAUGCUUUGUCAGCAAGCAUUAAAAAAUAUUAGCACAUACCAUUUUAAAAAUAUUUACGUGCUUUAUGUGCUGUAUAUUUUGAUUUAAUCUUUGCUAGUUCAGAUCAAUCUUCUAGUUUUUCCUAACUGCACAGCUAUUGGACAAGAUGAGAAAUGUCACUUCCAGCUAGGAGAAUAACAAAAAGUAUAUUGCAGAAAAGAUAUGCUAUUUGCCUGUUCAAUAUAAUGGAUUACAUUUCCUAUCUCUGGAUUUGUGUUGACUGAAUGUUAGAAUAUAGUCACAGACUACUGGAAAUUUCCAGUCCUGGAAAUGGAAAACAGCAAGUGAUUUGGGAUAAUUCACUCAGCUCCAUAUUCUUUUUUUCAUUCAAAUGUGGCAGUCAACAUGGAACGCUAACUGGCUGAGUUUAUGUUUAUACGCCAAAGGAUUUCUAGCAAUCCUCAUUAAUAUAGUAAUCCACCUAUUUAUCAAGAAUGUUUGAUAUAUUGGAACAUUUCAAAAUAUGUGUUUGUAAAAUUUUAUAAAAUUAUUAACCAAUCUUUAAAGGAACACAAAUGUGUAUUCCUAAUGCCAUCGUGCCCUGUUGAACGUUUAGGUCCCCAGACCCCACCUGUAGUGCGUAAAAAAGGUGAGUUUACUUUACUGGUCUCCACGCUACUGUCCCACCUCCUUGGCUGGGAUCAUUGAGUUCGAUGAUCUCAGUCAAUCAAUGUUAUCCUGUAGGAAAUCAUUAUGAAGUUUAUGCAGAUUGGCAAUGUUUGGGUGGUUUGGGUGCCUAUAAUGUCUUUCUAAUGCAUAUGAAUUAUCUUUUUCCCCCCAUUAUUUUUGCUACUGGUUUAAAUUCAAAUGCAAAGUUUUCACUAAUCACUUAACAGUUUUUAAUGGGACACUAUAGUCACUAAAACAACUUUAGCUUAAAGGACCACUCCACAGGUCCAAAAAACAGUUUAGUAGAUACACCCCAAAUGAAUAAAUGCAUGCAUAGUUUCAUAUAUGUAUUAAUUGGGAGUAUAGUCUAAAAGAGAUUACAAAAGCUGCAGUUCAACUGCCGCCUUUGUAAACCCUUUCCUUUUUUCCCGGAAGAGGCUUUCAGUCUCUUCACAGGAAAAUAACCAAUGAGAGACCUCUGAAAUUAUCUUCAGAUGCACACACGCACCGGCACAUGCAUGUGCACAGUUGUGUACAUGUGUUCCGACUCGUACACAUUAAACUGGGGUUAAAUGAGGGUACUCCUCACCCAUCAAUCACUUCAGUAAGCUGAAGCGCUUUUAGGUUGUGGAGUGGUCAUUUAAUGCAGCUGCUUUUGUGUAUAGAUCCUGCCUUAAAGGACCACUAUAGUGCCAGGAAAACAUACUCGUUUUCCUGGCACUAUAGUGCCCUGAGGGUGCCCCCAUCCUCAGGGACCCCCUCCCGCCUGGCUCUGGAAGGGGGAAAGGGGUAAAAACUUACCUUUUUCCAGCGCUGGGCGGGGAGCUCUCCACCUCCGAUCCGCCCCAUCGGCUGAAUGCGCACACGCGGCAAGAGCUGCGUGCGCAUUCAGCUGGUCGCAUAGGAAAACAUUCAUAAUGCUUUCCUAUGGACGCUGGCGUGCUCUCACUGUGAAAAUCACAGUGAGAAGCACGCAAGCGCCUAUAGCGGCUGUCAAUGAGACAGCCACUAGAGGAUUUGGGGGAAGGCUUAACCCAUUCAUAAACAUAGCAGUUUCUCUGAAACUGCUAUGUUUAUAAAACAAUGGGUUAACCCUAGCUGGACCUAGCACCCAGAAUACUUCAUUAAGCUGAAGUGGUCUGGGUGCCUAGAGUGGUCCUUUAAGUUUCACUGUUCAAUUCACUGCCAUUUAGGGGUUAAUUCACUCUUGUUCCUGUUUAUGCAGCCUUGCAGUGACUGACAUAGCCUGCAUAAAAAAAAGGUUACAUUUCCAAUCACAUGUAACUUAGUUUAAAAGUGUUUAUUGAGCAGGGCCCUCAACCCCUCUGUUCCUGUGUGUCCAACUUGUCUGGUUACAACUACAUGUCUGUUCGUCCACCCAUUGUAAAGCGCUGCGGAAUUUGAUUGCGCUAUAUAAAUAUCAUAAUAAUAAUAAUAAUAAUAAUAAUAAUAAUGUAACUCCUAAAUGGCAGAGAACUGAGCAGUGAGACUAAAGGUUCAUGAUCUAUACACAAAAACUGCUUCAUUAAGCUAAAGUUUUUUUGGUGAUUAGAGUGUUCCUUUAAAUUAAAGCAUUGAUUACUGAAACAGAGGAACUUUAUACACUAAUAGCUAAUAGUGGCAGCAAUGUCUUUAAAAGUUCCUUGGGAUUCUCUUCCAAAUAGACAAGGUGACUGUUGAGCAUCAGUUGUAAAUCAUUAUACAUCUGGUUCCUUUCUUUUUGGCUAUCUUGUGUUUGAGAGCAGUAUAUACUGGAGUUGUAGGUGGUGGUUUAGCUUAAAUGAGCACUCCAAACCCCUAAAGCAAUUCAGCUUCCUGAAGUGCCUUAGGGCUCCAUAGAGUGUCAUCUUCUUGUCACUAUAUAUAAAAGUGCUGUUAAGAGAAAUCAGCACUUUCAUUAAACUGACAAGGUGACACCCUGCCGUCUGUCAGUCAAUGUUCUUUUCCUGUUCACUAUGUGCUCCAAUACAUAUCAGAAUGCUUCCCCUGCUUUGCUAUGAGAAGCAUCUAAAUGGCUGGGUGAUAUUAUCUCCUGGUUGGAGAAAAGACCUGAAUGUGGAGAAAAAUGUCUCACUCUUAGAUUAUAAGUAAAUUAACACUUUAUUUAAAAUAAUUGGGAGUGGCAAAGAAGUCCCAUGAGAUUGCUCAGCACUUCUUUAUAAAUACAUGUAUUUUAUCCAUUAUACCAUUAUUCUGAUUUUGAUAAGAAUCCUGUGUCUUUAACCACAAUAUAAAAAGACAAUAUCUUGGUACGUGUAUUCAGUAGUGGCAUGUAAAUAGUAGUGGAUAGUGAGGAACAACACUCCGCUUUAGAAACAAAAUGCUUUCAAAAAGAUUCAAACUGUUUAAGCUAGACAAAAUGAUAAAACAAAAGAUAUUAUUUAUCAAUAAAAAUAAUAUGAAUUAUGUGCUAUUACAGGUUUUUGGAAAAAAACCCACUCCAGAAGAUGAUGUUUGCUUUGUGGACAUUGCAGCAGAUGACCUCCCAGAAGGUUAUUACAAAAAAUCAGAGGUAAAAUAUUUUUUAGUUUUUUUUAAAUAAUAUUUUUAUGGUUUUUUUUUUCCAUUCAUGUAAAAAGUACAUGCAAAAACAUUCAAUUCAGAUACAAACACUGACAUAACAAAUCACAUUACAACUGAGAGGAGUAUUGACCGAGCCCCCUGAAAGGAAUAUCUGUUUCCCAUACAUUAAUUAACUAAAUAUCAUUAAGGGACACAUACUUGUACCCUUAUGGAAGUACAAGUGACGUGCAGUCACUUCCUCCCAGCUCUGUCUGACAUCAUCACAGGGGGUCUGGUCGAGCUGUUAAUGCGCCCAGCACUGACCGGGACCUCUGACAAUUGUCUCCAUCGAGUGGCCCUGACAGCAUGGGCCACCCGAUGGACCCCUUAAUAUGCAGCCCCGGUGGUUUGCCGCGUGGGCCGGGGAUGCAAAAGAUGGUGACAGCUGGUACCCAGUCGCAGGGGUCCACAGGAGGCUUCGAACCCGUGCAACCUCCCACCCAAGCAAAGGAGCCUCCCCGGCUUCCUGAGCCCAUAACACCCAUCCAAACAAGUGCUUCUGUCACCUGGGUCUCCUUGGUUUCUCCAACCGGCCAAGGAGUGAAUUGUCCACUGGAACCGUCGGGGCUCUGCUUCUCGGGACCUGCUGGGGUCGUGGCUGGCCUCUGGAGAGGAGAGCCUGCUGCUCUCUCCCCCUGGCUUUCACCCAGCUGCUGCGUGAUGUUGGCUGAUGUGAAGUGGGGAGUGAUGCGCCCUCCAGUAGCAAGUUAUAUGCCUGCAGGAGUUUUGUGAGCAGUUCAGGUAAGAACGUUUUUUAAUAUAGAAGCGGGAGGCUGUCUGGGCCCGGGGAUCAGCCUGGUUGUGAGGUUUUGAUGGCAUAUGCUAGUUCCUCUGAUGUUAUGGGGGCCUCUAGCGAUUCAACGUCCUGGUCUUCAAAGCAGGUCAGGUUGGCUGAACUUAGAUAGUGCUUGAUUUCUGCCUCUCGCUCUUCUGUGUGGGGCCGAUAGUUAUCCGUGUGUAUAUUCUAGAGGGUGUUGUAAUAUUGGUGGACUAUGCGGGAGAUCUGGUCUGGAAGGUAGUGCAUGGUCUGUGAUGUGUCUUUGAUAUUAGAAACAUAGAAACAUAGAAUGUGACGGCAGAUAAGAACCAUUCGGCCCAUCUAGUCUGCCCAAUUUUCUAAAAACUUUCAUUAGUCCCUAGCCUUAUCUUAUAGUUAGGAUAGCCUUAUGCCUAUCCCAUGCAUGCUUAAACUCCUUUACUGUGUUAAGCUCUACCACUUCAGCUGGAAGGCUAUUCCAUGCAUCCACUACCCUCUCAGUAAAGUAAUACUUCCUGAUAUUAUUUUUAAACCUUUGUCCCUCUAAUUUAAGACUAUGUCCUCUUGUUGUGGUAGUUUUUCUUCUUUUAAAUAUAGUCUCCUUCUUUACUGUGUUGAUUCCCUUUAUAUAUUUAAAUGUUUCUAUCAUAUCCCCCCUGUCUCGUCUUUCCUCCAAGCUAUACAUGUUAAGAUCCUUUAACCUUUCCUGGUAAGUUUUAUCCCAUAAUCCAUGAACCUGUUUAGUAGCCCUUCUCUGAACCCUCUCUAAGGUAUCAAUAUCCUUCUGAAGAUACGGUCUCCAGUACUGUGUACAAUACUCCCAGUGAGGUCUCACCAGUGUUCUGUACAAUGGCAUGAGCACUUCCCUCUUUCUACUGCUAAUACCUCUCCCUAUACAACCAAGCAUUCUGCUAGCAUUUCCUGCUGCUCUAUUACAUUGUCUGCCUACCUUUAAGUCAUCAGAAAUAAUCACCCUAAAUCCCUUUCCUCAUAUGUUGAGGUUAGAACUCUAUCAAAUAUUCUGUACUCUGCCCUUGGGUUUUUACAUCCAAGAUGCAUUAUCUUGCACUUAUCCACAUUAAAUGUCAGUUGCCACAAUUCUGACCAUUUUCUAGUUUACCUAAAUCAUUUUCCAUUUGGCGUAUCCCUCCUGGAACAUCAACCCUGUUACAUAUCUUAGUAUCAUCAGCAAAAAGACAUACCUUACCAUCAAGACCUUCUGCAAUAUCACUAAUAAAAAUAUUAAACAGAAUGGGUCCAAGUACAGAUCCCUGAGGUACCCCACUGGUGACAAGUCCAAGCUUGAAUAUAUUCCAUUAACUACAACCCUCUGUUGCCUGUCACUCAGCCACUGCCUUACCCAUUCAACAAUAUUGGAAUCCAAACUUAAAGAUUGCAGUUUAUUGAUAAGCCUUCUAUGUGCAACAGUGUCAAAAGCCUUACUGAAAUCUAGGUAAGCAAUGUCUACUGCACCACCCUGAUCUAUAGUUUUAGUUACCCAAUCAAAAAAUCAAUAAGAUUAGUUUGGCAUGAUCUCCCUGAAGUAAACCCAUGUUGUCUCUGAUCUUGAAAUCCAUGUGUUUUUAGAUGUUCAUCAAUCCUAUCCUUUAGCAUGGUUUCCAUCACUUUCCCCACUACUGAAGUAAGGCUUACUGGCCUAUAGUUGCCCGACUCCUCCCUAUUACCUUUCUUGUAAAUGGGCACAACAUUCGCUAACUUCCAAUCUUCUGGGACUACUCCUGUUAACAAUGAUUGGUUAAAUAAAUCUGUUAAUGGUUUUGCUAGUACACCACUAAGCUCUUUUAAUAGCUUAGGGUGUAUUCCAUCAGGUCCCAUUGACUUAUUUGUCUUUACUUUUGACAGUUGAAAUAGAACCUCUUCCUCUGUAAACUCGCGUGUAAUAAAUGACUCAUUUAUCCUUUUUCUCAACUGAGGUCCCUUUCCUUCAUUUUCUUCUGUAAAUACAGAACAAAAAUAUUCAUUGAGACAGUCAGCCUGACCUUUAUCCUCUUCUACAUACCUUCCUUCUUUUGUUUUUAAUCUAACUAAUCCUUGUUUUACUUUCUUUUCUCAUUUAUGUAUCUAAAAAAUGUUUUAUCCCCCUUUUUUACUGACUGUGCUAUUUUCUCUUCUGUGUGUGAUUUGGAAGCUCUUAUAACUUGCUUAGCCUCUUUCUGCCUAAUCUUAUAGAUCAUUUUGUCUCCCUCACUCUGGGUUUUUUUAUAAUUCCUAAAUGCUAACUUUUUGUUUUUAUGUAUGUAUGUUUAUGUUUUUGUUUUAUGUAUAGAUGCGUCUUGCAUCAUCUGAGCAGGUACACCAGUGGGCGUCCGCAUUUGUUUCCGUGUUAAUGGAUCAUGGAUUGGAAGUGCAGGAAUGAACGAUUGAUGGAUUGGUUAAUUAAGGUCGAGAGCCAUUUCAGGAGGAGGUCUCUGUAGGUCUCUUUUGCCAGUGUUUGUUUGUGAAGCCUCUCUAAGUCCGCAAUGUCCCUGCUCAGGUCAAUAAGGGAUCGGGUCCUUUCGCAUUUCCUUGCAGAGCAUUUCGCGAUGAAGUAUCUGUGAAGCACAGUCUUAUGUGCCUCCCAGGCCGUCAUGGAUGAUACGUCCGGGGUGUCAUUGGUGGUGAAGUAGUCCCGUAGUACCUGCUUCAUAUCUCCGACUAGGGAGGGGUCCAAUAGAAUCGUUUCGUUCAAGCGCCAUGAUACCGAGCAAUGGUCGAACAAUGUCAUUGAUAGAAUGUCUGAUCCUUUGAGUAGGGGGAGGCUCAGAAAUGGUACAAGGAAAUAGUCCAAUCUUGUGUAUGUGUCAUGUGUGAUCGCGGAAUGUGUGGUUGAUCUUCCUCUGGCAAUCUGCGAGUUGGUAUUCAUGGAGCAAUCUCAGCAUCCGGGCGUACCUGUUUUCCGGUCGUGGAGCUGUGGUCGAGCAUGUGUCCCAAGGUGCCUUCUUGAAAGAGCAUUAGUUUACGCAGUACUUUGCGGAGGAAUACGCGUUGUCCCGUGUUGGGGGCGUAUAGGUUGGCGAACAUGUACUUUUGGCUUUGUAUCGUGCUCUUGGUGAAGAGGUAUCUUUCUCCUUGGUGUUUGUGGGUGGCUUGUUCGGUGUAUGUGAUUCUCCUGGAGAACAGGAUUCCCACUCCCCUGGAUCUUCUCUCCAUGUUGUUACUAAACAGUCCUAUUGGGAAGUGGCAGUCCCUUAGAGUCGGUGCCCUUCCCUCUUGAAAGUUUGUUUCUUGGAGGAAUACAACCAUCACUUGGAACCUCUUUAGGUCUCGCAGUAGGUGCGUUCAUUUUUCAUGUACAUUGUGAUGAGGGUCAUGUCAUCCUGGGCGUAGUGGAUGUUUCCCGGGGGAGGCAUUGUGUGAUCUCUCCUCUGCGGCUUCAUUCUUAAUGUUGUAGGUAGAGCAGGGAGAGGAGCAACCACCUGCUCCAGGAUGGGGAAUAUAUGGAGAAGGGGAGCAGGGACAGAGAUGUGGAGGUAGAGGAGGGAGAGGAAAGAGAGUAAGAGGCAGUGUAUGUGGGUCAACGGGCAAGAGUCUGAGUUUGGUUGCACGUGUUGAGUGAGCAGGAACUAGUGUUAGAGGUAGUUGGUAUAUGUGUCAUCUACUGUGGGUGGUAUUGUGCAGGUUUGCUUGCUAGGUGGGGUGCUGGGAGCUUUCAUGUUCUCGCUUUCCCUUUCCCAAUUUGCCAUGUCUUUCUGGCUACCCUUCCUGUUUCCUCUUCACUCUAGUACAUUUUAUUGGGUUUGCCUCUCUUUCCUCAUCCUUUUUUUUUCUCCCCCUUCCCUGCUCCUGUUUAAAGUGCGGUUAUUUGAUCCAAUAGUUCUCAAAAAAUUUACUUCUUUUAUUCUGUCUACUUUGUUAGAAAGCAAAAUCCCCAAAUAAACAAAACUCUCCUUUACUUCAGUGAACUUAUACAUUUUUAUAUCACAGUUCUUAAACAUUGCCACAGUCUUCUCUAUGUUUAUUUUAUAGUUUGAGAUGCUACUAAAAAGUAAUAUUUCAUUCAUUAAAUAUUUAAAAGAAGUAAAAUGGUCAAAGUUAUUGUGUAGUUUCAUCAGCAUACAUGCAAAUCUUCAAAUCCUUCACAGUUGUUGGAACUCCUCUAAUAAAUGGGGUUGUUCUUAUUUUUACAGCAUUAUGCCUUGAUAUAUUGAUUUAAUUGCUGAUGACAUACAUCUACAAAAACCAAAGGAUUCCAAUACUUUUUAACAUAUAUCCCCAACCAACCCUGUCAAAGGCCUUCUCUGCAUUCAUUGACAGGGUCAGAAUGGAACAACCACUAUUCUGCCCCCAAUCCAAUACAUUAACCAGAUGUCUAGUGUUAAGACUUGCUUGUCUAUUAGGGACAAAACCAAUCUUAUAUUCAUGCUUAGAAUCCACAUUUAUCAAGGAAAUCGGACAAUAGAUUUUAAUUUCCUAUCUUUUUUCAAAACUGAUAAUAUAUUUGCACAAAGCAAUUCCCUUGGUUCAACACCCUUGUCAACUAUCUCAUUAAAUGUAUCAGUUAGAUGGUCACUCAAUAAAUCCUAUAAAAUAUGUUAGUCAGACCAUCUGGUCCGGCGUUUUAAAAUUAGCAAGUUUUAUUUUGUGCUUGUGUAAUUCUGGGAAAAUAUAUUUCCUUUAGAUAACUAGUUACCUUUUGUUCAUCAAAUCGGUUUGGUAUGUAAUAUAAAUCAUAAUAAUAUUCUUGAAAGGCCUUGGCUAUACUUUCUGGAUUCCUAUAUUUUAUCUGAGCUUUGUCAAUACAUAUUAUUCUAUUAUUCCCUAUCCUCCUUUUUAAUGUUUUUGUUAACCAUUUUGAAAUCCUAUUAUUAUCAUAAUAAAAAUUUACUUUCAACCUCUCCAAAUUUGUAUUCAUUGUUUCUAAUUCUAUUGCAUUUUUUUAGUUCACUUAGUUUAUUUAACGUUUCAUCAGUCAAAUAAUUUUUGUUUUUUGCAGAUUAUCUAGAAUAUUCUGUGUAUAACUCCGCUCUAGAGGCAAAUUUUUUGUUUAUUUAUCUUACUUUUAAGUUUUAUUAAAUAUCCUCUUGACACAGCUUUGAAAGCACACCAUAUCAUUGUAUAAGACAUACCUUCUGUACUGUUUUCUUUAAAGUAUAAUUCCAUAAGAUGUUUAAUAAAGUCUUGAUUCUCUUUUUUGUCAAGUGUACGAUCAUCUAAACGCCAAGUACUAAAUGGUUUAUAUGUCUUCGUAUCCUUCAAAGCAAAAAAAAUAUAGCUAUGAUAUGCCCAUGGAUUAUCCUUUAUCAAAAUGUUUUGAGUCUGUUCUACUAAUCUAUUCUCCCCUAGAACUAAAUCAAUUGUUGAAUAAGAAUAGUGUACCCUGGAGAAGUGUGUAUAUUUAAUUUCCAUUGUAUGGUAAAUUCGCCUAAUAUCUAAUUAUUUUCUUUCAUAAUAUUUCCUAGAAUAUCAGAUUUGUUUUCAUUAUUUUGUUAUUCACCUUAUGAUUGUCUUUGAUCUUUUUAUCUAAUACUAUAUCUGGAACACAAUCAAAGUCUCCAGCAAUAACCAGUAUUUAACUUUUUCUAAUUUCUUAAGUUAUUUAGUUGGCAACAUGUUUGGCAAAUAAAGGUUAACAAAUGUAUAUAUUUGAGAAUUUAGUUUACAUAUUAGAAUUUGAGAUCUUCCCUCAUUAUCCAACUCUGAAUAUAUUGUUUCUUUAUGGAGCAUUUUAGAAACAACAAUGGCAACUCCUCUUUUUUUCUUCCCAUUAAAGAUGCAUGUAUAACUUCCUCAAAUAGCUCAUCUAAUUUUCUUUUCCCUUUUCCAAUGGGUCUCCUGUAACAUAGCAAUAUCAAUAUGUUCUCUUUAAUUCAUAUAGAAGCUUUCUUUUAAAUGGGGUAUUAAGCCCCUGAACAUUUAUAGAAAUGCACUUAAUAGAUAUUUCCCCUUCAUUUUACUCUCUCUCAUGAGCGCGAUCCAAAAAAAUUACUUAACACAUCCUCUAACUGAUAUCCAAGUGAGGAUACUGCUAAGAGCUGAUGCGGUCCGGCGACCAUCUUCUCACUAUUCUAUAUUACCCUACACCAUCCAUUUAAAAUGAUAUCAACAAAUUAUAAGGAUGAUUCUGGAUAAGGCAAGAGGAGAGAGUAUUGAGGGAAAGAAGAAAGGAAAAAUUUGUUAUAAUUGACUCUUUUUUUUAAUCCUAAUUUUUCUUUUCACCUCCCCCAAAUAACCAAUAUUUUGUUCAUAUGUACUAUAAGUUACAGCAUUUUUCUCUUUUUCAUUCCUCACUAGAUUGCUUUAUAGUUCUAACUAUAGUCCCUUUUAGCAAUUAAACUGUGUAUUAGGAUUGAUUAGAAACCAUAUAGAAUAAGCUGAGGUUUUUAUCUUUUUAGCUAGUUUCCCCUUAAAACAUUAUGUUGAAGAUUUUUCAUUCAUAUAACAAAUAUUGGGUAGAUGAAUGUACAGCUCAAAUCAACAAACAAUGAGACUUAUUAGAUCUAUGCUAGUACAUUACCACUCUCUCGUUAACUUGCUGUUUGCAAUUUCUUUGAGUCCUGCCAGCUGUUUUUAUUGGAAGUCUUGAUACCUUAUUUUACACAUCAAUUUUGUUGGCUAAACCACCACAAUCUUCUCACUGUUCGUAUUCCCAGCUUUUCCUUUUCUUCUUUUAGUUGUCCUCUUAGUGUGGAACUCCUUACUACUCCUUAUUGCUAUAAGAUUUUCUGCCUGCAACUUAUUUCACCGUCCCCGUCCCUGCCGUCUCCUCUCCACAAAACGCCGCAUCCAUGCAGUUACAUACAGCCGCCGGUUCGUCAGCUCAGCAGACCCUGCCUCCCGAUGCGUGCACACGUCCUCACGUCAUUGCAUCACCGUCAUGUUUUAUUUAAAAAAAAAAAAAUAUAUAUAUAUAUAUAUAUAUAUAUAUAUAUAUACAUACACACAUAAUAAAUGUGAUGUCUACAAAGUCCUAUAUAAUAGUUACUCAUAAAUAAGUUUAAUAUUCAUUAGGUCUCUACAAACAUAGAGGUUAAAACUGUAAAUAUUUUAUAUGGUUUUUUUUUUCAUAGGAUGUCUAUUAUUUGUCUGUGUGUAUAUAUAUAUAUAUUUAUUUAUUUAUUUAUAAAAUGUAUAUUUUGCGAUUUUUGGGGAACCCUAACCACAUUUUGCUUAAGAAUGCCAACAAUUUAGUUUAUUUUCAUAACUACAUAGGUGGCUAAUGAAAAACAAAAAACAAAUAUGCAGUGUUGUGAAUAUACAAUAAGUUGUAGCAAAAAUGUUUCUUUAAAAACUGACUCCAAGAUGUACAGACACCAAGUUUAGAAAUGUAUCAACAUACUUUAAGUAUAUGUACAGGAAUUGUGAAAUCAACACAAAGAUGUUCUUAGGUCAUGAUAAACUUAUUUGAACAGAACUCUAAAAUUGGUCAAUUAUAAUAUAAUCUGAACAGGAUCUUAGAACAUUCCACUCAGAGAAGACAGGUCGGGGUCCAUUACUGGAGGAUUGGAGAGAAACUACAAAACCAAUUAUGUGCUCAUAUAAAUUAGUGGCAGCUAAGUUUGAAGUUUACGGUUUUCAAUCAAGAGUGGAAAGCUUUGUCCACAAGGUAAGUACUUGAUAAAAAAAAAAUAUGUUAAAGCCUACUGAAUACAUACUACUGUGAGCACAUAAGUCAAUUUUGUAUUUUUAAUGUAAAUAUUUUUUUUGUAUUUAUAAAUUAUAAAUCUGCAUAAUGUUUUACUAAUUAUUACUAUUACUAGCAUUUAGAAAGCACCAACAUAUUUCACAGCGCUGUACAAUUGGUGAAAAAAAAGUCAGUACAAAAAAUAUACAAAAAGCUGUCUGGCAGGCAAUAUUUAAAAUAAAUGAGGAAUUACUUAACUGGGAACUUAAGUAGCUGGAGAAGCAUGCUAUAUAGCUUGAAUUAACCAGGGAAGGUGGGAAGAGCAGGUGGGUUGGUAGUGUUUUAUAGAAAUUAAGUUUCUCUGUAUAUUCUGUUAGCUGCGUUUGUGGACUGAGGCCUAGUGAACAGAACUAGUGAUAAGACAAGAUAUUUAUUGCUCGGUGGGGCAAGGGAUGGAGGGGGUUACACAAACAUUUGUGGUAUAAACUUUGUUGGAUACAAUGUAGAGCAUAUUUAGGUAAAAAAAAAGUUGAAAAAAAUCUAAAAGUAAAACAAAAAAAAACGUACCUGCUAUCCAGCAUUUAGGUCAAGUUCUCAUUGCAGCCUGAUCCUCCUCCGAUGAGGUGACUCCACAUCACUACAGGGAUGUACUUGCGGAUAGGUUAAGGUGAUGACUUUGGCAGCAUGAAGGGGAGAGGUCAUGCUGCAAUUGCACGUCUCUCGCCAGCAUGCUAUGUGUGCUGAUAACAGUUUCUAAGUAUGCACUCUCUUUUUGGGCUAGCUAAGGAUGCUGCUAGAGGUGAAGUUACAUGUACAGCAGCACAAUGCAGGGUUACAUUGAGAAAUGCUGCACAUACGGUCUCCAUUUUCCUCAAAAUUAACGAAAAGAAAAAUAAGUAUAACUAUAUUAUUGGCCUUCUGCUACUAAUAUAAAAUGUUAGUAAGUGGGCCUAAGUACAUUUAAAUGUUUAUGUGGCCUUUUUAAUACAUAUUUCAACAGUAUUCAGCUUUUACUUUACCACAACAAAACUAUUUUAAGACAAAACUCGUGAGAUUACUACAAAAAGAUUAAACAAUUGGGAGUAUGAUUUUGGUAACGCUAAAGCGUAAACAAUAAUUGUUUAACAUAUUUUAUUUUUUACUUUUAGAACAUUAAGGACAUUUUACUUGCAGGACACAGACAGGCUGUUGCUUGGAUGGAUGAAUGGUAUGGUAAGUGCAGAAAUUCUAUUUUACUAAAAGAUUAAUUAAAUUAAGAAUUUCACAACAUGAAGACAGAGACAAAUAUGGAAGUAAAAAAUGGCUUUGAUCAAAUAUACAGUACUACAAAUUCAUGGUCCAAUAGGAACCACAAGUCAACAAAGAAUGGAUGCAAAAAAUAAAUUGGGUCAAAUGCAUGAGUAUAGCAUAGAAUCUAUUCCAAAAUAUGCAUGUACCUACAAUGGCCAUAGAAGAAUUCUAGGCACACACAAUUUCUGCAAAUUUCUGAAAGCUAUUUUAAUGUUUUUCAGGUAUGUCUUUAGAAGAUGUAAGAAAAUUUGAAAAGAGACUUCAAGAGGAAACAAACUGCAAAGUAAAUUCCCAGAAAGCAGGUGAGCAAUAAUAUGACAAUAAGAUAAAAUUAUAUUGUUUUACUACAAACAUACAAACUUGUUAACAGUGCAAAAGAAGGGUCAUAAGUCCUCUACAGGGCAAAGAAAAUCACCCAUAACUCAUUUUUUUUUUUUUUAAUGUAUAUUAAAGAUCCAUCUAGUUCUAUGUUUCAGUCUUGGCACAGCCAAGGCACACAGUGUUUGUUUUUUCAGGAACAAAGGUCACAGUUUAGUACACUGAUUGACAGAGAGCCAUGAUUUAGGUGGUCGUUUCUAGGAUGUUUUUAGAUAGAGUAACCCUUCCUGGCGUGCCUCCCCAGCAAUUAAAAUAAAGAAAUAAAGCAAAUGUAAUUACACACUUCCACUGAUUUUGCUGAGGACAUCACAAGCAGCGUCCCCCACAUGUGCAACCAUACAAGUAGCCACAUGUGUUUGGAGUCUACUUGUGGGGUUGCGUGUGUGGGGAUGCUGCUAGUGAUGUUGUGUUCCUGUAUGUCAAAGUGUUGUGUUAAUCGUUUCUCUUGUUUUAUCUAUUGUACAGUACUGCAGAAUAUGUUGGCUCUAUAUAACUGAUUGUAAUAAUUGUGUGUGUGGAGGCUGUGUGCAGUAUUGCAAUGGUGGGUAAGCUGUUUGUGAUGUGUAUGUGUAGGGAGGCUGCAUGUUUUGUAUGUGUGGGGAUGCUGCUUGUGGGAUUGUGUCUACACAGUGAGGCACAGUGAGGCUCCUUGUGGGUUUUUGUGUGAAUGAGGCUAUUUGCAGUGCAGUAUGUGAGUGGACACAGCUGGUUGUGUUACAGUGUGUGCGGAAUAGAAUCUGUAGUAGGCAUCUGGUAGUUACUGGGGCUGUAGUGUGUGAGUGUCUGGGUAAUAGAAACUGUACUGUGUAUAAGUAGAAUAGUGGCUGUAGUGUGUGUGUGGAGGAUAGAUGCUGAAGUAGGUGAAGGGAUGUACGGGGGCUGUGGUAGCAGCAGGGAAGCACAGGGACUGAGAUGAGCGCGGGGAGGCAUGGGGACUGAGGUGGGUGUGAGCGCAGGAGGGGUCAAAAGGGCUGUGGUGGGUACUGAAAGGGGUAGGGGCUAUGGUAGUUGGAGGUGGCAUAAGGACUGUGGUGGGAGCAUAGGGGCUUGGAUGGGAAUAGGGUAGAUCCUGGGGUGGUUGUUGGCAAAAAUGGUGGCUGAGGUGAGGUGGGUGCAGGGGGAGCUGUGGCGAGUACAGGGGGGCUGAGGUUGGUGCACAGAGACAGGAGGCUAAGGUGGGUAAAGGGGGGCUGAGGUGGUUGCAGGGGGAGAUGUGGUGUGUGCAGAAGGAGCUGUGGUGGGUGCUGGUAGACAAGGGGUUGUGGUGGGCACAGAGUGUGACAUAGGUGCUGUGGUGGGUACUGGAUGGCAUAGGAGCUAUGGUAGGUGGAGGUGGCAUAGGGGCUGUGCUGGGUGCAUAGGGGCUUAGGUGGGUACAGGGAUAGGUAGAUCCUGGGGUGAGUGUAGGGAGGAAUGGUGGCUGAGGUGAGUGCAGGGGAACUGAGGUAGGUGCAGGGGGGGUUGUGGUGAGUAUAGGGGGCCUGAGUUGGGUGCAAGGGGAGAUGUGGUGUGUGGAGGAGGAGCUGAGGUAGGUACAGGGAGGGGUUGAGGUGGGAGCAGAGGGGGGCUGAGGUGGGUACAAGGGGUGCUGAAGUGGGUACAAGGGGGGCUGAGGUGGGUACUUGGGUGCUGAGGUGGGAGCAGAGGGGCUGAGGUGAGUACUGUGGGGCUGAGGUGGGUACUGGGGGUUGGGGCUGAGGUGGGUACAGGGGGUGCUGAGGUGGGUACAGGGGGUUGAGGUGGGCAGGGGGCUUAGGUGGGAGCAGAGGGGACUGAGGUGGAUACUGGGGUGCUGAGGUGGGUGGGGGCUGACUGGGGGGCUGAGGUAGGAGGUACUGGGGAUGAGGUGGGUACAAGGGGUGCUGGGUACAGGGGGCUGAGGUGGGUACAAGGUGCUGAGGUGGGCACGAGGGGUGCUGAGGUGGGUACAAGGGGGGUUGAGGUGGGUACAAGGGGUGCUGAGGUGGGUACAAGGGGGGUUGAGGUGAGAGCAGAGGGAGAUGAGGUGUGUGCAGGGAGACAGGGGGUGCUGAGCUGAAUGAGGAUGUAUAAAAAAUAAUCUAUUAGAAGCUUACCUGUGCUGUCUUCCAGGCUGCUGCAGCUUCUUAUCUUCCGGUUGCUCUUCAGGCAGGGUAGAAAGUGGUGUCACUUCUUGGCCCCUCUCUUCCUCCUCACACACAGCACAGCCCUGCACAGGGGUUGGAGACCUGACAGCAAGAACUGGAUGAUCACUGCCAGGUCUCCCUGAGAGAGGAGAAGCAGGUGAGGGAGGGAGUGAGGGGGGUUAACUACAAAGUGAUAUGUUGCAGGGCCUCUGCAACAUAUCUCUGUAAUAUGGGAUAAAUCAUGUUCUGGCUCCUCAGCCAGAGCAUGACUGUGCUGCCGGGCCCCUGACUGCCUCGGGCCCUCGGUCCAUGACCGAUCUGCCCGACCUGUCAGUCCGCCCCUGUUUGUAUUCAGUUUUAGUGGGAAUUAGUAUUGUGAAAGCCACAUGAUAUGUUUAAUUAUCCAAUUAUGCUGAAUGUCUUAUUAUUUUCAUUAUACACUGUUACUAUAUACAUUGAUGCAACAUUCAAUGUCUUUUGAAAAUGUACCUUUUUGUUGAGGAGCUUGAGGCAUCUCUUUUAGUCAAACAUUUACUAAAGCCAAUGCUGCACACCCACUUGGACUUUCUUUGCUCUGUUCUUAUUUUACGGAACUAUUUGAGACCUGUCUUCCAAGGCCUACUUUCUUUAUUCAUGCUAUAACAUAUAUAUAGGUUUUAUGGCUGGAACUUGACUUGGCCAUUCCAAUGCAAGUUUUCUGUUUGUUUUCGUCAGAUGUUAUUUGAGGUUUAUUUGUGAUUUUAAUAUAGUUUGCAAAAUCGCAUGGACUGUUAGCUUGAAGUAAAAAAAAAAAAAAGGAAUCAGUAUGAAAAUAACUUGACACAAUUGGUAUGCAAUAGAUUUACAGAAUUAAUUUAUGAAAAUGCAUCAAUAGUAAAGGUGAAGCAGAAUUGUAAAAAAAAUACUGUAAAACAGUAUAUUAAGGCAAAGAAAAUAAACAAAAUAAAGGGGAUAAAAAUAGAAUCUUGACUACCAGAAAAAAAAUUAAAGGGCUCUCCCACACUUGGAAAGGGAAAGGGAGAGCAUAAGAAAACACAUCAUAGAGUCUCAAACGUAAACAAAAUAAUGGAACCGCUUAGAUCAAGAGCUCCUUUAAAUGAGAAUUACUUAACUUUUCUUUUUAGAUUUAUGUAUGGAUUUGUAUUGAAAAGCACCUGAGCAGUUACAUGCUUUCUCUGUGUAUGUCUGCCUCUCUCAUGUGUGUUAAUCAGAUUACAUAUUGAUUGAAAAUCACUUAUAAAACAUAAGAAGACUACCGUUUAACUAUGUUGUAAUGUACCAAAGUUAUUUUAAACUGUAUAUUAUGUAUACACAUUUGCUUGUACACGUGUAUUUAUUUUUUUGUCAUGCUGUUUCAGACAGAUCAAUGUAAGUCUUCACAUCAUGUGUCUCUCAAUUACGUAUUUUUUGUAGAUUGUAAAAUCCCUAACCGAAGAAGCUCACAAAACAGUUUCAAAAUCAUUCACGGACCACAGUAAGAGAUCCAUUUUACUGAAGAUUACACAUCUUUACCUUUUUUUCUUCUAGUGACGGUGCUUCUAAAACAUAUCUAAUUUUACAUUAUAUCAACAUAAAUAAACUAAAUUAUUCAUCUUAUUGCAGAUUACAGAAAGGGUUUUAGAAAGACUGCACUUUUUUCCUAGCACUUCGUGCAAAUGUAUGUCCUGUUAUUUACAUUUUCAUUUAAGGUUCUCAAAAUUACCAUUUUUUAAUCCUUGCAGAUUCAAAAACUGACAAUCAUCUAAACAUUGCUGGGGGGAAACAUUCGAUUAAUCGUUCAACAUCUUGGAAUAAUGGAAGUGAAGCACAGUCUUAUGUAGCUACCAAUGGGUCAGCAGAAUUAAAGCCACGGCCAAGAUUACCUUCGGCUCCAGAAUAGUUGCUUCUGACCAAGCUGAACUCUUUGAAUUAUGGAUCUGGACAUUAUGGAUAAAGCUAUCCUGAAGCUUGUUACUGUGCAAUCCAGAACCAAGAGUUUAACAUGUAUAUGAUGGAAUAGCAUGGCCAGUGAGAUUUUGAUCACUGUUUACUUGUGCAUUGUAAAUAAAGGUUCAAAAGAAAGGACUUAAGAAACCCUCACAAAAACAUGGACUUGUUCAUACAAAUACAUUUGCAAUAUAAGACAGGAUAUUUUUCAAUUAUUUUAGGAUAUAAAGAAAAUUGUAUCUAUUUACUAGUUGGAGGUUUUUAAAUAUAAAUAAAAUCCCUCUCUUAGGAAUGGUUUAUAGGAAGGUUUAAAGAAACCUGACAAACAGAACAUGUUUUUAUAAUGUAAUGUAAAACAAGUGAUGCACUGAUUGAUUGCUACUUCUGAAAAUGUUGUAAGCUACAAUCCAUAGCUACAGGGAACUUGUCAUUUAAAUAAAACUGUUUUAUAUCCUGGUUGAUACAUUUAACUGUUCAAGAAUUUUGUAAAGAUUACACAGGUGAACACUGAUUUUAUUGUCAAUGCUGUUGGAUAAAUCGAAUAGUUUUUUCUAGAUUGUCUAUUAUUUUUAGCUAAUGGAUGCCGCCAUUGAAAAACAUUUAAAAAUAUGCAAAACAGUUCAAUAAUCAGCCAUAACUUACCCAGCAUUUAUCUGCCAACAUGUCUGUCCCAUUUGCCUUUAGACGUUUCUUUUAUAUCCUGGUGGAGAAUUUCACCCCUUGUUCCUCUCUUAAAUCACCAAGAUAUCAACAUAAAUAAACUAAAUUAUUCAUCUUAUUGCAGAUUACAGAAAGGUUUUUAGAAAGACUGCACUUUUUUCCUAGCAUUUCGUGCAAAUGUAUGUCCUGUUAUCUACAUUUUCAUUUAAGGUUCUCAAAAUUAUCAUUUUUUAAUCCUUGCAGAUUCAAAAACUGACGAUCAUCUAAACAUUGCUGGGGGAAAACAUUCGAUUAAUCGUUCAACAUCUUGGAAUAAUGGCUUUAAGCGGCUUGUAGAAAGUGUACCUUUAUGCUCAUAUUAGUACCCACAUUUUAAAGUUAGAGAGCAUGUUUUGCACCAAGUUUUCAUAACUGUCUGCUUUGUAGUUAUCCGAGAAUAUCUUGAAAACUCGUAGAUAACUGCACCAGGCAGAAUUUUGUGAAAUUCAACUCAGUGAGUUUAUGCAUUUCAUGAUCAUCAAAGACUCCAGCCCUUUUUUUUUCAAAAAUCAGUCCAAGGGACGAUCUACAAAUUUAUUUAAAGCAUUCUCCAUCUCUAUCUAAAGCCUUGACAAAUUGCUUCAUCAGUAGACCACUGGUGGAUAAAGUUGAUAAACAAUGUUAAAGAUAAGAUUAGAUUAAAGAUUACAAUAAAUAAAAACGUUGUUGGGUAAAAAAAAAAACCCAGACCAAACCCCGCUGCGUAUGCUAGCAGUCACAGGGUUGUAUCGGGAUAUAAUCAUAAUUUGAUGGGUAUUCAUUAUCUCAAAAACUAUAGCUAGUUUAGCAAAACUGAUGUCAUUUUUUAAUUAAGCAACCCAAAAUUAUACUAUAUUCAAAAAUCUUUCGCAACUAAACAAAAGGUGUUUUUGUUGGCCUGGUUCUACGAUCUACAAUGUAAAGGAACAAUGCCAUGCGAUAGUCAACUUACCACUGCCAUCACACAUACGUGAGCUUCAACAGAGUAUGUGCAAUCCUAUACUAAAACAAUACAAGAGGUUUUAUUGAGCUGCAUAUGAAGUCUGUUAUUAGGCAGCCACAGACAGUUUGAAAUGGCAAAGACGGGGAUGGUUUGCAAGGGCUUCAGACAACUAGAGAUCUUCAGGUUUUGCAAGCUGUUUUUAGACCUACCCCAAAUGAAUAAAUGCACAAUUAAAUAUGUGUGUGUGUGUGUGUGUGUGUGUGUGUAUAUAUAUAUAUAUAUAUAUAUACACACAUUCUUUUCCCACUCUCAAUUGGAGUGUUCCUUUAAGUCCUAUUUUAGAUGGUUUAGUGUUGACAUUGCUCAUUUAUAGUUACCUAGGCUUAAAAGAGAUGUGUCCAUCAAGGUCAGCCUUCCUCACAUCUGUUUUUUUUGCUGUUGGUCCAAAAGAAGGCAACAAAACCCAGUUUGAAGCACUUUAUAUUUGCAACAAACUAGGUAAUAAAGCAUAAAGCUAUUUAUAAAGGAGCAAUAACUUCUAUAAUUCCCCAUAAUAUAUAGCUCAUGAAAGAUUCUGAUCCUGAUAGUUGCUAUGUUCAAAUGAGCCACAUGGCAUGUUUAGUUCAGUACUAAAACAUGAUAUGCAGUACAUUAAAUGAUGGAUGGGUAUUAUUAGAUCACAGUGCUUUUGUUUGGUGUUUUAGAUUUUAUUUUUAUUUUUUUAGUUUGUACAUUUAUUGUUAUUGCAAGUUUUAUCUUUAUCUGUUCAUUUAUUGAUCAGUUACAUGGUAAAAAAAAAAAAAAAUACCAUCAACUGACUUCUAUUUUUAAAGUUUUACCUUGUGAUGUUUGUUCACGUUUUAUAUCAUAUUUCCUCUAAAAUAAUUCUGUG